UUCCUCCCCACCGUUCAGCUUACCGCAGUUGGCACCCUCUUUCCGUACAGCGCACUGAGCUCGGGUCUGAACAGGACGGACGCCUCUUUCGCAUCGCUGGUUCGGCUAGGGGUAGGAGUUCCGCCGUGAAUAUUCGCGGCGGACUGUAGUAUUGGUCUGCCCAAGACGGGCAUUGGAUAAUUCGCGCGCAGCCUGAAGACUGACGAAUUUAUAUCGUAUUACCCCACCACUACCGCUGUCAUGGUUUUCGCAUUCGACCAGAACGAUGCGCACCUUCCAGCCAAUGCGCUGCCAAAUCCCGAGCCUGCCGUGCCUGACGAUGCCGACAUGUUCGCACCUGGGAACAUGGACAUGAGCCCCCCGAACGUGCCCCUCCAUGUGGGCACUCCGCCGAUCAACAUCGUCAGCCCUAUGCCCAAGCGCGCAGUGCAGCCCGAUCCCGAAUGCAAGCAGCAGGGUCCGGACAAGUUGGAUUUCGACGCUGUCAUGAGGAAGGCCCAGAAGAACAAGAAAAAGAAGAAGAAGGGUCUGAAGGCAGGCUUACAGGCUACGAGUGUCACCCGGGGUUUCCACACUCCAGUCACGUCUGGUGGGGAAGAGUCGGAUUAUUCUCUGGCGACUACACCACGUUUUGGCCCUGUUCGCUCCGGACUCCCAAGCGUGACCAGCAGCCCAGCGCUCCGCCCCCAGUCCACGGCAGGAGGCAUCAGCAACCUCAAAGCCCAACUCGAGGCGCUCAAUCUAGGUCCGAGGAGCGACUCCCCCAUGAAGGAUUACCCAGGAAAGGGCGUGCCUAUGAGCAGAGUCACGUCGCAGUUGUCGAGCAACACCAGCAUGUCAGGCCGGGAAAGCGACAGUGAUCGUACCGAGAUGGAGAGCUAUGAAAUCGACCUCAACGCCGAAGACUUCAGCGUUGAUACGCUCUCCAAAACCUCGACCAUGUUGAACAAUGGCAUGGCGCGUAAGAUGACGGCAGAAGACUUCGAGCCGUUGAUGUGUCUGGGCAAGGGCAGCUAUGGCACCGUCUUGUUGGUCAGGCAGCGCGCCACAGGCCGUCUUUUCGCGCAGAAGCAGUUCAAGAAGGCCUCCAUCACUGUGCAUAAGAAGCUCAUAGAGCAGACCAAGACGGAGCGCAAUGUUCUCGAGAGUGUGAACCGCCACCCAUUCAUCGUCAACUUUUACUAUGCUUUCCAAGACCAGGAGAAGCUGUACCUCAUCCUCGAGUAUGCCCAGGGAGGCGAGCUGUUCCACCACCUCGAAGCCGAGCGCAUGUUUUCUGAAGAUGCAGCAGCCUUCUACAUGGCCGAAAUGGUGCUUGCGCUCGACCACCUUCACCGCACAGUCGGCGUCAUCUACCGUGAUUUAAAGCCAGAGAAUUGCCUUCUAGAUUCCGAGGGCCACCUGCUCCUCACCGACUUCGGCCUAAGCAAAGUCAGUCUUGAUGAAGACAACCCCUGCCGCUCCUUCCUCGGCACCGUAGAGUACAUGGCCCCGGAAGUAGUCCAAGGCCUCGAGUACGGCGCGGCAGUCGACUGGUGGUCCCUAGGUGCGCUUGGUUUCGACCUCCUCACCGGUGCUCCUCCCUUCACUGGUAACAACAACGCAAAGAUCCAGGAAAAAAUCGUAAAACAGAAACUUUCAUUGCCUUAUUACCUUAGCGCCGAAGCCAAAGACCUUCUCACCCGCCUUCUCCGUAAAGACCCGAAGAAACGCCUAGGAUUCAACAUGGCCAAGGACCUGCCCAACAUUAAGAAACAUAGAUUUUUCCGCAAAAUCGAUUGGAAGAAGUUGGAGGCGAGGGAGUUGACACCGCCGAUUCAACCACUUAUCACAGACCCGGAGUUGGCAGAGAACUUUGCUCAGGACUUCACCGAUCUUCCGCUGAGCCCUGUUCUGACAAAGAAGUUUGAUGACUUGAUGUUCGAAAGUCAGAGCCAGGCUUCUAGCAAUCCUUUUGGUGGAUUCAGCUUUGUGGCUAGCCAGAGUCUGUUGGAUAGUGGAGAGUGGGGAUACUAACUGGAUGCAGAGGUUUGUCCAGUUGCAUUGUUUCACCGUGUUGUGUAUUUGGGUUUUGCAUGUUGUUUACAUUGUUGGAGAGAAAGAGUGUAAUAGAGGGUUAUUGCUUCGUCAUGUUUCAUUCGAUGAGUAUGUCAUCACUACACAACAGCACACAAGUCACUUUCAAUGGUUACUAGAUAGAAUUCUUUUCUCGUAGGCUGAAUAAACCAUCUCCUUCCAACUCCAUGCUCGUGCCGUCAUCGGUAUCAUGCGCAAGUAUUCAUACAGACUGUAAACCAAGUG